AUGGAAUUCGAUUUUGAUAUUAGUCAGUCAUUGCCAGACUUUAUUACUAAAGUGGAUAAUACGCUCAAUCCUUUUAAUCGACAACUGGAUGUUACCAGCAGGAAGCGUUUGCAACAGAAUUUAAUCGUCAUUAUCGAUCGUAUGGGAAUGGCAUCAGCGAAGGCAAGACUUCUCCGACGACUUACAGCUCAGUCUCUGAAAGGAGCAAUAACAACUGCAGCUAAGCUAGGAAUAUCUGAUCAUCGAUUGUACAUAUUAAAGGAAACUGAAGUGAAUAGAGGGCUAGGGAAGGUAGUUGGUAUAUUAAAAGUUGGAAAAAAGAAGUUAUUUGUUGUGGAUUAUACUGGAGCACAACACGAAUGCCUCCCUUUAUGCGUGCUCGAUUUUUAUGUUCAUGAGUCACAACAACGGACUGGGAAUGGAAAACUCCUUUUUGAAUACAUGCUUAAGGCUGAAAAUGUAACCCCAUCACACCUUGCAAUUGAUAGACCAUCGUUUAAAUUCCUAUCAUUUUUACAAAAGCAUUAUGGUUUAAGAGAUACAUUACCAAAGCAAGUUAAUAAUUUUGUCGUUUUCGAAGAUUUAUUUAAUUUAAUUAGGAAAAAGAAAUCAGGCGGAAUUACGCAACAUCAGCCUACUAGCUUGAAACCACCAAUUCCUCCUACAGGGCGGCGAUGUAUGCACUUCCUAAAUCUAACAAUUUGGCAGACACGAUAA